AUGUCCACCACCGCACUCAAAGCGGACAAGCCGUUCGGUUUUGCUGGAAGCUUCGAGCCUGGUGAAAAGCACGAGAAGGAUGCCGGAAUCUUGGGGUCUCCCUUGCGCAAGUACAGCAGGAUCGGCCCUGCUGUUUCUGGCGCAACUGCCGAUUCAGAUUCGGACAAUAUAAAUAUUGAACGACAGAUCGAGCUCGAGGCAGGCGCGGCCAUCAAAUACCGUACUUGUAGUUGGCAAAAGACUGCUGCUCUUCUUUUCUCAGAAUACAUCUGCUUGGCGAUUAUGUCCUUCCCAUAUUCAUAUUCGGUUCUCGGCCUUGUUCCUGGGCUCAUUUUGACCGUCGUACAAGCGGCAUUUGUGCUUUACACGUCGCUGAUAGUCUGGGAGUUCUGCCUCAGACACCCAGAAACCCGUGAUGUCUGUGACAUCGGCCAAAUGCUAUUCUGGAACUCUAAAGCAGCGUGGUACUUCACAGCCGUUAUGUUUCUCCUGAACAACACCUUCAUCCAAGGCCUCCAUGUGCUCGUCAUUUCCCGCUAUCUAAACACUAUGAGCACCCAUGCAGUCUGCACUGUAGGCUUUGCAGUUCUUGGUGCGCUGAUUUCGUUCGUUUGCUCACUGCCCCGGACCUUCAAUACGCUCUCUAAGUUGGCAACUCUCUCUGCCUUCUUCACUUUUAUCAGCGUCAUUCUUGCAGCUAUUUUUGCCGGUAUCGAGGACCACCCGGCAGGUUUCAAUCCGGACCCGGACCACAUUAACAAAACCGGAGUGAACAUGGGAGGUAAUCCAAUCGUGCUUGUCAUUCCGGCAGUUGGUACGACCUUCGUGUCAGGCAUGAAUGCCCUCCUCAAUAUCAGCUACACCUUCAUUGGUCAGAUCACACUUCCCAGCUUCAUUGCGGAGAUGAAGAAUCCAUACGAUUUUCGGAAAGCUCUUUGGCUUGUGACUAUUGCGGAAAUUAUUGUCUUCAGUCUUGUGGGGGCUGUUGUGUACGCAUACACCGGUACACAGUACAAUACGGCACCAGCCUUUGGAUCCCUUGGGAACGAUCUCUACAAGAAAGUCUCCUUCUCGUUCAUGAUACCAACCCUGAUCUUCCUUGGCGUCCUCUAUGCUUCCGUCUCUGCCCGCUUUGUCUUCUUCCGGAUCUUUGAAGGCACACGUCAUAAGAGUAACCAUACUGUCCUCGGUUGGGCAUCCUGGGCCGGAAUAUUGGCGGCAACUUGGAUUCUUGCCUUCGUCAUCGCAGAGGUUAUUCCAUUCUUCGCCGACCUUCUCUCGCUCAUGAGCUCGCUGUUUGAUUCCUUCUUUGGUUGGAUCUUCUGGGGUGUCGCAUAUCUUCGAAUGCGUCGCUCACAGUUCGGACCGGGCUUUUACAAGAAGCGAGGCCUGAUUAGAGGCUGGGGUGGGAUGAUCCUAAAUGUAUUCAUCAUCAUUGUUGGGAUAUAUUUUUUGACCGUCGGAACCUAUGUGGGUGAUCCGGUAGCUGCAUGCUUGUGGUCAAGCUGA